GAGACACAGUCAGAGAGACGACAGGAAGAAGAGAGGAAGGGACGCAUAAUGAGAGAAGAAGAAGAAACCCAUUCCAGCUGUGUUUCUGCACCAAAGAGAGUCGUGAGAACUUCUUCACAUUGAAGAAUUUUCCAGUGCACGCCAAGGGAACAAACAUUUACUUCUGACAUUCUCCUGUCAGUAUCAGCUGUUUAUUUUUAAGCAAACAAACCAUCUAGUUGUACAUGUUGAUGGGACAGAAAUAGCUCCAGGGUUUCAUUGGAUAAGAAGUCUUUUUUUGGCUCUUUGUUUGUUUUGUGCGUAAGAAGCCUCUCCUCAGCUUGUCAUUUCAAGACAAACAUGAGCACGGACAACUCGACUCUGCUGGACAACUUGUUCCUUCCCCCUGUCUGCGAUGGCUGGAGCAACAACACAGAGGGAGCCAUCUACCAUUUGGGAAACACCAUGCUCUUCCUGGGCUACAUGGGAGGCAGCGGGGCCUACGGGUGCCUCUUUAUCUUCGGCUUCCUGGCCCCCGCCUUCGUGUGCCUGACCCUGUGGGGCUGGCUGACCAUGUGCGGCCUGGACGUCUUCACCUGGAACCUGCUUCUGCUGCUGGCCUGCUUUGUGCAGAUUUGCCACCUGCUGUACCGGCUGCACCAGGAGGGCAUACGCAGUGAGGAGCUGACCUCCCUCUACCAGGCAGUAUACCUGCCGCUGGGUGUGCCCGUCCAGGUGUUCAAGGAGAUCGCAGGCGCCUUUGAGCACAAGGUGGUGGAGCUGAAGGCGGGAGAGACGUACGCUGUGGAGGGCAAGACGCCCAUCGAUCGUCUCUCCUUUCUGCUGUCUGGGAGGAUCAACGUGUCUUUAGAGGGACAGUUUCUGCAUUACAUCCACCGACACCAGUUCCUGGACUCUCCAGAGUGGGAGUCUCUCAGACCAAACGAGGAGGGAAAGUUCCAGGUGACCAUGACAGCAGAAGAAGACUCCCGCUACAUCUCAUGGCGUCGCCGCCGCCUCUACUUGGUGAUGUCAAAGGACCGUUACAUCGCCCGCAUCUUCUCCAUCAUGCUGGGCUACGAUAUCGCUGAGAAGCUCUACAACCUCAACAACAAGCUCUACAUUAAGAGCGGUGUGCUGCUGGACAUCCGCCUGCCCAGCCUCUACCACGUGCUGGCCCCCUCCUCGCAGGGCAGCGGCAGCGGCAGUGAAGGUGGCAGCGGUAAGGAGCAACACCAUGGUGAAGACGCGGCACCAGCCUACCAAAUGUCAGAUCCAACCCAUCCUCAGGCCCCCCACCUGCAGGGACCAAGGAACACCGCCCUGGAUGAACCCCACGCCCCCCAGCAUGGCCGUUAUCAGCACCCCUGGGCGUCAGACCCCGAGCUGCCCAUUGGUGAGGACUCCACCAGCCUGGUCCUGGAGGACUUUGCUGAUGUGGCGGGCUCCUUAAAGGAUUAUGGCAGUGAGAGGGAUUAUUUGAGGUAGAGAGGCAGGGUGCUGGAGCUAACACACGGGGUCACCACUUAAGCUACAUGAGGUGAUAGUGACGGGAGUCUACCGCCUCGAUUCCAGAGGGGCAGAGCGCCGCUGGCUCCCACCGACACUCCCAAACUGUGAGAACAGUCUCUCCUGGAAACACUCGUAUUAUCUACAGCAUAGCAGUAUGAAUGUGUCACAUGUCACUUGUUCCAACACUGUGUCCUCCUCGCUCUCUGUUCUCACCUCAGCUAACACCAUGAGUCCUGAACACCAAGAAGCUUUUUCUUCGCUCUAUUUAAAUUACAGUUUCAGUGAUAAAGCAGCUAAUAUCAAUAUUUGGGGGCUGAUAUUUAUAACCAUAAUAAUUUAAAUUGGUUUAUUGCCUACAAAAUGUAAAUCUUUUGUGCUUGCAGUUUUCUUAUCAAGAUUUGAAGCAUCAUGAAACUCUGAAAUCUGCUUUAAAAUCUUAAAGCACCAUAUUUAUUCAAUUUAAAUUAAACUUGUAGAUAUUUUAGAAUUUUAAUGACGAUGGCAUCUAAGAUUUAAAUCUACAAUUCAUACAAACAGCUGAGUGAUUCAAUAAACAACCCAAUCACCAGAAAAAAAUGUUGGCAUUGCACGUUUUAGCAAACAAUGGAGGUGUUACAUUUACACGUUAUUAUGUUGCAGAGACUUUGAACAACGCUGUGGUGAAAGUGCAUUUAGGUUUCGGCACAAAAACCACUUGGUGAUGGUGGGAAAAGAUCGUGUUUGGGCUGUAAAUAUCCACUUUUGGGGGCACAAUCUUUACAGGAAAUGCACUGAUGUUUUGGUAAAACAUAACUUUUCCUGGUUCUAUCCCCUGGUGGAAAGACAGCGACAGGUUACUGCAAAACACCCAUGUUUGGAGCCUAAAAAGCUGCUGGAAGCACAUCAGUUACUUGCUAAAAAAUAACAGCUUUUGUUGUUUGUUGGUGAAACAUAAAGUGGUCUGCAGCUUGACAGGCCUCUCACCUAGGUGUCACACCAUCCACCAUCUCCCCUCACCCCCUGAUGACAGAGUCAGCUCAUAUACUCAGUUUAGAAACAUUGAUAGGAUUCGUAUCGUAUUCGUUUCGAAACAUGCAAAUGUAACAUAUCAGCAGUUUGUAGAUACAUAUAAUGGCAACUUUUUUUUCUGGUAAAUGGGCUGCAAUAAAAUGCUCAAGGAACAUUUAUACUGUGUGUUUCUUUAGCUGCUAUCAGAGAGAAACAUGUGUCCAAUUAAAUAUGUUGACUUGCAGAUUGCCACAUUUAAUAAACUACCAUUUAAAUCCACGAUUAUUUAUUAAGUGUCACUGGAACUGAGGACAGAGGGACAGCUUUCACCAGCAUAUUAAAUGUCUGUUAUUUCAUGUAAUAAAAAUGGAUACUGAGAUACUGAAACGGAUGAAUCUGGUUUUCAUCUCACUUAUAUUUGAUGUUAAAACUAUGACUGUCUGAUUUGAAUGUCACAUGACUUGAUGUUAGAUUUGACUUUCGAUGUGUCCCCCCCCCCCCCAAACUCUAACUCAGUGUUAAGAAAGAAU